AUGUUGAGAUUGAGUCGGAGGCAAUUUCUGCCGAGGUCGAUAAGAAAGUUGUCUACCAAAGUCAUAGGUAUAGACCUGGGUACUACCAAUAGUGCUGUUGCAUAUAUAAGUGAUUCAAACAAUAAGAAAUCAGCAAAGAUCAUUGAGAAUGAAGAGGGACAACGGACCACACCAUCGACAGUUGCCUAUGACAAAGAUGGUAAAGUAAUUGUAGGUCAAAGAGCUAAGCGACAAUCUAUUCUAAACCCUGAUAAUACAUUCUAUGCUACUAAAAGACUUAUUGGUAGGUUAUACGAGGAUGAUGAAGUUACCAGGGACAAGAAGAACAUGCCAUAUGCUAUAGUUCGGUCUCCCACCAACGGGCAAGCGUAUGUUGCGUUGAAAGACGGUACACAGAAGUCACCAAGUGAGAUUGCAUCAGAAGUAUUAAAAUACUUGAAACACUGUGCUGAAGACUACCUAAAUACCGAAGGGGGCAUAGAAAAAGCAGUCAUUACUGUACCUGCCUAUUUCAACGAUGGUCAAAGACAAGCUACUAAAGAGGCAGGGAAACUAGCAGGCCUAGAUGUCUUAAGGGUAGUAAAUGAGCCUACUGCAGCUGCAUUGAGUUUUGGAAUUGAUGAGAAGCAGAAUAAUGGUAUGAUUGCUGUUUAUGACCUUGGAGGUGGUACUUUUGACAUUUCUGUUUUAGACAUUGAAGAUGGUGUCUUUGAAGUGCGAGCAACUAACGGUGAUACACACCUGGGUGGAGAAGACUUUGACAAUGUUGUUGUCGAUCAUCUUCUAGAGCAAUUUGUGAAAGGUGCUAAAGCUGUUUCCAGACAGGAUGUCCUGAAAAACCGGGAAGCAAUGCAGAGGUUAAAGGAUGCUGCCGAAAAGGCGAAGAUUGAUUUAUCACAUGUGAAGGAGACUAGUAUUAGCAUUCCAUUUUUCUUUAAUUCUGAGCAUCUCAAUGUAAAGAUCACAGAGGAUGAGUUGGAUUCUAUGACCAUGCAUUUGAUCGAGAGAACUGUAGAGCCGGUUGAGAGCGCUUUGAGAGACGCUGAUAUUGAGCCUGAGGAUAUCGAUGACGUAAUACUAGUUGGAGGUAUGACUAGGAUGCCUAGAAUAAGAAAGCUUGUUGAGGAUAUUUUUGGCAAGAAACCUAAUGUUAGCGUUAAUCCUGAUGAGACAGUUGCACUUGGGGCAGCUAUUCAGGCUGGUGUGUUAAGUGGUGAGAUCAAGAACGUGCUACUAUUAGAUGUGACGCCGUUGACUUUGGGUAUUGAGACAUUUGGUGGGGCUUUUUCCCCAUUGAUUCCAAGAAACACCACAGUUCCAGUGAAGAAGACUGAAGUUUUCAGUACUGGGGUGGAUGGCCAAACUGGUGUUGAUAUCAAGGUGUAUCAAGGUGAGAGAGGGUUGGUCAAGGAUAAUACUAUGAUUGGUGAUUUCAAGUUGACCGGCAUCAAGCCUAUGAAAAAGGGUGUUCCGCAGAUAUGUGUGACAUUUGAUAUUGAUGCUGAUGGCAUCAUCAAUGUCAGCGCUAUGGAGAAGAGCAGUGGCAAGAAUGAGAGUAUCAAAGUUGUGCCUCGUUCGGGCAUGUCUGAGGAGGAGAUCCAGAAGAUCAUUGAGGAUGCGAAUAGGAACCGCGAGUUGGACAACAAGAUAAGGACGAAGAUCGAGCUGCUGAACAAGUGUGACAUCAUGCUUAGCGACACGGCAUCUGUCUUUGAGCAAUAUCGGGACACAUUGGAGAGGAAUGUGAAGGAGCACAAUCGCGAACAAGAUCUUGUUGAUAUAGUGCAAGAGGUCAAUGAUCUCAAGGGCAUUGUAGAUGAGAUCAAGAAGAUGGAUAGCGAUAAGAUCCUAGAGGUAGAUGUCGACUCUCUGAAGAAGGAUGUUGAUGCCCUGCAAGGUAGGUCGCUAAAGGUGUUUCAAGAGCUCAUGGCCAAGAAGUAG